AUGCAACACCCUGGCAAUGAGCGUAAUGCAUCCUCUUUUUCUUCCUACUUGUCUCGUGGAAGCAGUAGAGCAUUCGAUUUGCGACAAGACAGUUGCCUCUGUAAAGCCUGCUUUGCUGAUUGUUUAAGAAGACAUCCUAGAGAAAUCCCUAGAUGGCAGAAACAAUGUGAGUUUCAUUGUGCUGUGUGUCACCAACAGAGUAGUGAAACUUGUACUUGCGGAGAAGUGAAGAAUUGGUCUGGCGUCUCAGAUGUUCCACAGUGCCCUCAACUGGUUUGGAAGAGGUUUUUUGGCUUAGAGCAGGACAUGCACUUAGACAGUCCCAUUUGUGAAGAACACUUCCAAAUGAUGAAAACUUAUCUAGGAUGUCAGCAGUGCAAAAUAUGUGAUCGAGGUGAUUGGGAUAAAAAUUUGGAGAUGUUGGGAGAACGAGCAGAAGUAGUGUCACUUCUUUUUACUCAGUUUGAAGGAUUUCCACAGCUAUCUAGCAGAGGCUGUGUAUGUGGAAACUGUGCUGCCCUAUGCCUGUCUGAUCGUCAAAUAGAUAUUGCCGGGGACCUUCUUUCAAAGUUUGAUAAUAGCAAAACUAUGGCCAAAGUCACCUUGUCAGCUCUCCAUACCCUUGAAAUCGAUGGUUAUUUAAUGUACAAAGAUAUCAUAUCCUCCUUUGAAGAUGCCAUGAGAGAGGCCAAUACCUGCUUAGAUAGUCACUCUUUGAAAAAGAAAGUCUUGUGCUUUCGAAGAUACUUUGAAAAACACGUGGACAGCAUAGAUAAGUAUCGAAUUCAUGUUGGUCCUAGAAAACAUGGCUACAUGAUAUAUGACGAAACAUUUUUUCAUCCAAAGUGUGCUGCAGCUAUGUACAGAAAGAUCAUUGAGACUAGGUCAACGUCAUUUACAGCCCAGAACUUUCGUAAUUUGAUUAAGGAACAGUGCAGCAUGCUACCUGUUUCAGGAAGGUUCGAUUAUCGCUCGUUGUUUCCAGAUGAAGGCAAAUCUCUGUCAUUCUUUAAAGCAGUUUAUUCAUCCUGAGUUAAAACGAUUUUUGGAAAGUUGUGCCAGAAUUUCAAACACCACUGAGGUUAAAAGCAAUUGAAGUUGCAUAUGGUCAUUGUAUUACUUUGCAACUUGCUAGAUAGAAGGUCUUGUUUUCUUCAAACUCUGCUAGGAUUGUUUGCAUUUGCUAAUGGCCUUAGAGACAGAGGUUUUCAGAUUUUGGGUAUGUUUGGGAUUCUGCCAUCCAUCCAGCACAUCAGAAAUCAUGGCAAACAUUGGGCUGUUGAACGAAAGUUGAUUAAUGAGUUAGAUGUGAUGCAGUUUUGGAGAGUGACUGUUGACAACUUGGAAUUCAAGAUGGCUUUUGCAAAGAAGAUUUUUAGUGGUGGAUACCAAA